AUUCGCGUAGAAAUUAUCUCUGCUUAUGCAUUGUUAGGUACGUUUUCAUGCAUUGUUUUGUUAAAUAUUGUGUUAAUGUUGUACUAAUUACUUUAUUUUUUGGUCGAAUAGAUACCGUUAUUUUUAUCUUUCAUGUCGAAUGGUAUUAUUACCGCCCAGCGUGCGUGGAACGAAAUUCAUAACGCAAGAAGAAUGUAAUAUUUUUUUCAUGACUACCUUAUAGAUGCCUAUGUGUCUUUGUGGCAUAGUGCAGCCUUGCCAUAUGAGAAGACAUUUGUUUUCAUACUAACUUCUGCCCAGUACUGGAAAUAUUUCACCAAUAAUGCUGUCCUGCGAGUUUGGAAUGCCAACACUGAAGCAGUCUUCUACCCAAAUAGAUGACAGGAGUGACAUGCUGCAUGAUCAAAAUGAUAUAGGAUAUUUAGUACGAAAUGAAAUCCAGGAUGCAGAGAAAAAACUUGUUUACCUGGGAGAGAUAAUUGCCGGUACAAAGGAAAAACUGAGUGCUUUCCACAGGAAAGGAAAUCUUUCAGACCCUGAGCAAAGAUUGGUGAAAGAAUAUGAACAAGAAAUCCAAGACAGAUUAAAUGAGUUGCAUGACACAUCAAGGAGGAUUCAAACUCUGAUUGGCUUAACUAACUCAGAUCUGGAACGACUAAUCAAUUCCACAGAAGCAUCUGAACAAAAUGAGGUGGAUGACAAUAAUACAAUUAGUGAGACAACAAGUGAAGUCUCGUCUGUGUCAGAACCAUUCAUAGAUCUUGGAACAUUAUUUAAUGAUAGUGAUACAGAAGAGGCUGCUGAUUCCUUAGCUCAUGCUCAGCUAGGUGUGAAUGAAGUGAAUCAAAUACUGGAAACUAUAUCAGAAGAAGAAGUGCCUAAUGAAGAUGCACACGAGUGGAUAUCUGUAAACACUGCAGUCACUGAAGCAUUGCAGUGUGUAGACAUUCAGGAAAAAUUUAUCAACAUUCUAACAAAAGGAGAGUUGAUGACAGGGAAACCAACCCAUGAUUCGGAUGACGGUGCACCAAAAAUAGUGACUGUGUGUGAAAAAAGGAAUUUUUCAGAAGAGGAGGAGGAGGAGGAUUCUAAAAUGCAGACUCUCAAGAACAUAGAAACAUCCUUUUGCACAGAGGAUGGUCACAAAAAAGUAAUGACAUUGUGUAACACUGAAGAAAUCAAAGUGCACAGCAGUAGAAAUGUGGCUGACAAAUCUGAGGAUGCAGAAUUUGGGAUCACUAAUGAAAUUCAAGAAGCAGAAAAGAAGCUUACUUAUUUAGGAGAACAUAUUUCUUUUGUGAAAGAUAAACUGAAUUUAUUUCAAGAGAAAGGUGAACUGACAGAGAUAGAACAAAAACAAGUAGAUAAAUAUAAGGAUCAAAUUAAAAACAAACUUAAUGAAUUACACAAGACAUCGAAAAGGCUUCAAGUUCUAAUUGGUGUCUCAAAUACAGAUCUUAAACAUCUAAUUAAUUCAGAUGAAGAACAGGUAGAAUUUGAAGGACACGAUAGAAAUGUGAUUAAUGAGAUGAUAAAUAUUAAAUCAUCAGUCUCUGAGACCCCUGCAAACUUGGAGCCAUCGUUUAAUAGUGACAACAAUGAAGUAGAUGAAAUUUCUUCAAGUCUGAAUCAUCCGGUUAUUUUGGAAAAUGAAGUAACUAAGACACUAGAGACUAUAUCAGAAGAGGAAGUAGUCAGUGAUGGCUUUCGAGAAUGGAUCGCUGUAAACACUGUGAUUCCAGAAUUGAAGAAUCAGAUAAAGGAUACAAAAAGAGCAAACAAUUUCUUUUCAAAUGAAGAAUUGUUUCCAAAAGUGGUUAUAUGUGGUUCAGAAGGUGGUGAUCCCAAGAUAAUCUUUUGUGACCAAACUAACUCUACAAGUGACUUUCCUGUGAUUGUGACACAGUUACCAUAUUUUCUCCAUAAGAUUUUGUCUAUGAGAGAAAAAUCUUUGAUUGAGAUUGAAAACCUACAAAAUAAGAGGUAUUACCUCCAGCAAGAACUUUCUGAAAAAGAUCAUGCAGUGGAAGAGCUUCUUGGCAAAGUAAACAAACUAGAGACUGAACUAAGCCUUAUCUCAAAGAAAAACAUUUCUUUGAAAGAGAAAGUAAACAUGGCCCAUUCAAUGGAAAAGCGAUCUGAUAAGGUGGAGAAUCACUUGCACACCAUCCAGACAGACAAAGAGGAAGAAAUAUAUGGAAGUGAACAGUAUGAACAACAGAGCACGGCUUCGAGUGAUACAGCAGUAAAUUUUGAUGAGGUUGCUACUGAGGAACGCCUGUCAUAUGUUAAAGAAGAAUAUAAUAAAAUGCUGGAAGAAUACACAAUAAGAGAAAGAGAACUGGAAAUAUUACAUGGACAAAUGAGUGAACAAAAUGGAGAUGAGCAUCAGGUUAGAGAACUAUUGGCAUCUUCUGAAACAGAGAUGUUGGAACUGGAGGGAAGACUGCAUGCAUUAAGGACACAGACAAAUGAGGUUGCUCUGUACCAGGAGAAAGUCACCCAGUCAGAACAAAAUUUAAUAACUUCAAAAAUCAUGUACUUUAAAGUGCAAGAUCAAGCAGAAAAGUGUAGAGUAUUAAUCAAAGAACAUGCACAGGAAACUGAAAAAUAUCGCAAAAAGUAUCUGAAGACUCAACAGGCUGCUGAUGACUUAAGAAGACAAAUGGAAGUAAAAGAAACAGAAAGCAACCACAUUCACAGUCAAGUUAGCAUGGAAAUAUCACUUGUGCAGAAUCAAUUUCAAGAACAACUGCAGUUAUUGUCAUCAAUACCAGAUGCAGUCAACAAACUACAGCUUCAAGUGCAGGAAGAAGAGCAGCAGUGGUGUAUGGCCGAAUUUCGACGCAGGGAGCUGAUGCAUGAACUUUAUGAUGCUAAACAGCAGAUGGAUUGCUAUACAAAAGAAAUAAAUGAAAUUCAAGUAAGGCUACAGGAAAGUAAAGAUGAGCAGAAGGAGUUACAUAAACAACUAAAGAAUUGUGAGAAGGAAAAUGAGGAGUUACAAAAUGAAGUCUCAGCAUUAAAAAGCAAUACAGAAAUCAUGUUAUCAGAGUAUGAGAUGGCUGAGAAGAACACCAAAGAAAAAAUAAAUGAAAUAACACAAUUGUCAAAAAAACUUGAAACGUAUUCUGAUGACUUUGCUCAUGAGCUGUCACAUGCCAAAAAUCAAAAUGAAAAAAACAGGAUAGCACUGCAAAUUAAAAUCUCACAGCUUGAUGAUGAUCUUUUGCAGCUUCGCACAUUUGCAAAAGUUAUGGAAAAAGACAGAGACCAAGUAAAGAUGGAUCUUCAAACUCAUAUAAACUGGCUAACUGAAAAGAAUGAUGAAGCUGCAGCUAUAAUACACAAUCUCGAAAUGCAACUGAAUAAUUCUCACAGCAGUGACAACACUUUCCAUACCACUUAUAUCUCAAUGGCCAAUUAGUGGUUAAAGGGCUGCACACAGAGUGCAAAACUGUAAAAGAGAAAGCUGAGGACAUGCAGCAGAAUUCUACACUGUAAAACUAAGAUGAAUUGUUUGUGUAAGUGUAUGUGUGUAUGUAUGAAUAGAUCAAAUUUUGUAAUUUGUUGUAAAGUAAAAAUUGAAGUUUGUCAAAACACUUAUAA